AUGAUGAAGGCGUACAAGGAAUUGGAAAAGGUAUUUGCGAAGCUCUACCGUUAUGGACACCUGCUCCAUCUGGCCGAUUGGGAUUCCCAGACAAUGAUGCCUCCAAAGGGGGCGGAGGCAAGAGGUGCUGCCAUGGCCGAACUGCAGGUGCAUAUGCAUGAAAUUAUUACUAGUCCAAAAUUACAGCAACUUCUUGCUGAGGCAGAGACUGGCAGUAACGAGCUUGACUUGCUUCAACGUGCCAACCUUCGUGAGAUGCGACGGUCAUGGGAAAUGGAGAACCUUCUUCCCGAAAGUUUUGUGGAGCGAAAAACCAUUCUAACAACAAAUGCGCAGCAACUCUGGAAGAAAUGCCGUGCUGAGAAUGACUUUGCUGGCUUCCUUCCAACACUGAAGCAGCUGGUGGAGCUGUACCGUGAAGAAGGGAAGCUGCGGGCUGGGAAUUCUGGCAAGCACCCAUACGAGGCAUUGGUGGAUCUCUACGAGCCUGGUAUGACGCUGCAGCGGCUGGAUGAGAUCUUCAACAACGUCAAGUCAUGGCUGCCGGAUCUUCUUAAGGAGGUGCAGGCGAAGCAAAAGACGCUGAACGCAUCUGUUGUGGAGCCCAAAGGACCUUUCCCUGUUGCACAGCAGGAAGCACUGGGCCGCUUCUGCAUGGGAGUCUGGAAGUUUGAUUUUGAUGGUGGUCGACUGGAUGUGAGUGCCCACCCAUUCUGCGGUAACUCCAAGGAGGAUGUCCGUAUUACCACAAACUACCGUGAAACUGACUUUGACAAGAGUCUCUUGGCUGUUAUCCACGAAACAGGACAUGCCAAGUACGAGCAGAACUGUGGGCCAAAGGGAUUUGAAACACAACCAGUUUCUAUGGCUCGUUCUCUUGGAGUCCAUGAGGGUCAGUCUCUUUUUGCUGAAAUGCAGAUUGGUCGCUCUGGUGCAUUUAUGGAGUUCCUUACCCCCAAACUCUCAGAGUACUUUGGGAAUCAGCCCGCUUUCACCCCUGAGAACAUGAAAAGGAUUACGCAGCGUGUUGAGCCUGGUUAUAUUCGUAUCUAUGCCGAUGAGCUGUGCUAUCCAUUACAUGUUAUUCUCCGUUAUGAACUUGAGCGUGAUCUGAUAGAUGGCAAACUUGAGGCAGAGGAUGUGCCAAAGGCAUGGAAUGAGAAGAUGAAGAGCUACCUUGGUCUGGAAACCCUUGGCAAUGACAAGGAGGGUUGCUUGCAGGAUAUGCACUGGGCUGCUGGUUUGUUUGGAUACUUCCCAACAUAUUCUCUGGGUGCCAUGGUGGCAGCGCAGUUGAUGAACAGUGUGCGAAAGGAACUUGGUGAGAGUGUUGUGAAUGACUGCAUUCGUAAGGGUGAACUUGACAAGCUCUUGGAGAAACAGAAGGAAAAGAUCUGGCAACACGGCAGUUCACUGACAACAGAUGAUCUAAUCAAACAAGCCACGGGGGAGUCCCUUAACCCUGAAUAUUAUCGUAAGCACCUUGAGCGUCGUUACCGCGAUGAUGCCAACUAG